AUGUUAGAAAUCUCCAUCAGGAAAGCUAUUAAUAGAUUGACAAACAAGCUUGCGAGCAAUGUAAACUUCACUCGUUUAGAAUGCGAAGCUUUGUUAGACAUGUUCGUUAAAUUUGACGGCAAAAAGCCCUUCGGGAAGUUAGAUCGGAUGAAGUUCAGGGAAAUACUGCAUCAUGCAUUUAAAAUGACAGACGACGUCAUGAUUGACAGAAUUUUCCGUGUUUUUGACGGGGAUUUCGAUGGUGGUGUCAAUGCUCAAGAGUGGGUGAUGGGACUCUCAAUAUUCCUACGAGGUACUUUAGAAGAGAAAAUAAAGUUUGCGUUUGACGUCUAUGAUCUCAACAGUGAUGGAAGAAUAACCAGAGAGGAAAUGUUUCAACUGUUGAAGUAUUCUCUUGUCAAACAACCAACAGAUGAAGAUCCUGAUGAAGGAAUUAGAGAAUUAGUUGAAAUGGCAUUUAAACGAUUGGAUAUGGAUCAUGAUGGAAGACUAAAUUAUACUGAUUUUCAACAAGCUGUGGAGGAUAAUGCUUUAUUGUUAGAAAUUUUAGGACAGUGUUUUCCAAAUGAAGAGGUGGCUACAGCAUUUUUAUCAACAUUUCAAGAGAUUAAAGUACCAGAAUCAAUUUGUUAUAUUAAACCAGCUAAAUCGUUCACAAGUUCUACCAUUGCUUAA